AAUGCUUUCGUAAAAUUAAGUCCUUUAUUUGCAAGUCUCCUUUCAGUUGUCGUGCACAUACUUCUUCAUUCUUCAUAUUCGACUGUCGUUGUAAUUCCUCACCGUUUCCUUUUCUGUUUUUCGUAAUUCAAUCUGAAACGUUUGCUAACAGGCACACUAUUUCAUUUUGGUGUUGCAUACUACUUAUAUCUGUCAAAAUAAGCUGCGUACAUCACGCGUUUUUCCGUUUUUUAAUGGUUGAAUUAAUCAAGUGUGAUUUAAAUGGAUUGAUAUAAACCUCAUAACACCAUACAAUUCAUCACAUUUUACGUUGUUUGUACUUUUGUUCCUUUACAUUAUUGUAGAUGAAAUUUCAUCAGCUUUCGCUUCGUCAUCAUCCUCAUCUAUUUUAUCAUUGUCAUCGUUUAGAUCUGUAUUGUCAAAUAAUAAUAAUUUUAAUAUUAGCUACUGGAUCAGCAUUCUCAUCAAAUCCUGGAAUUGUAUGUAGUCAUGAUUAUUUAUUAGUGGAUGAUCGUAUACCUAAUGUUUAUGACGGUAUAAUUAACAAUAUACCAAUAAUUCGUUUUUGUUUAAUCAAUAAUUCCACAUUGAAAACAAUCGCCACAAAGACAAAAACAAAAUUACCAGAAGUAGAAAUGAUCAAUUCAUCAUUAUCUUCUCCUUCUUCGAUCUCCUCUGGAUCCUUUUCAUUGAAUUCAAUAGAUUAUAAUAAAUUAUAUGCACCAGAUGAAUCAUAUUUAGUUGGGCAAAUUUAUGAUCCAAUCAGUAAUGUAUACGGUUUACAGUUUACAUCAAAUUGAAAUUUAUUAGAUCCAUAUAUUAUUCAUGGAAAAGGCAUAGUGUUAGAAUAUAUUGGUAAGCAUUAGUUUGUUUUUUGUUUAUUACAGUGAUUGUUUAAAUGUUUAUGUUAUACACAUGAUGGACUGAUUGUAGACAGAUAAUAAUUGAAAAUGAGGAAACAUUAAAUGGCUCUUUCAUUCAUUGUAGCAUUGAACUGUUCAGUAUUUUACACUGAUGAACCAUUCAAAGAAUUUCAGACUUGAUGGCGAGACAUCAAUCCUUAUACUAACCAGUUGGGACCUAAUGGUUGAUGCUUGUGAAGACAGUCAGUCAGUCAGUCAACUUACAGCAUUACGAAAUCAUUAUCUAGUGAUAUUGAUGUGUAGUUGCCUCAGACCCGAUAUAACUGAACUACAUUGAUCAUAACCUGUUACUAGAACUCUAGGCAUUACUUCUCGAAAUUACUCAUUACUGAGGCUUGCUGCGAGCUGACUCAAGUUAAAAACGUAAACCUGAUGUGUAGCUGAUAAAAUUACUGAUUGAUUGUUUACCUAGUCAAACUAGUAGAUGGUCUGACAAGUAUGAGAUGUGUCACAUGUUUUCUAUCACAUUAUUAUUUCUUAUUGUUUGUUAUUGUCGUUGAAACAUUCGCACGUUCUAGUGUGAUCAGUCACAUGUUCGUGAGCAAAAUUGUUUUGAAGUGCUGUAGAAUGGACACUGGCACGGUAUCGUGUAUAGAUGCUCGUCUCAUUCGUGUAAAGAAGAAAUUCCAGCGUCAUUUCAAAACGAUCGUUCUUGACUCAGUGAUCGAAAGCUUAUAGAGAGGCUGUUAGGUGUUUUGUUUUUGAACUUGAUCUAUGUUAGGCUUGUGGAUUUACACUAUUCAGAAGUCUUAUAUUAAAGACGAAACAGUUGUUUUGUUACAGUAACUUCAUGAUAUCAACUACAAUAUAUAACUGUUUAUGUCAUUGUGUUUUAUGAAUAUGUCAUAAAUGUUUUACGAAGUAUCGUAUAUCAGAGUAAAGUUUAAUAAAGAUCGAGUUUAAAACAACUCUGUUCGUCUUGAUAUCUUGUAUUAAUUUCCACAAUGAGAAUUUCCGAAAUUUUUGCGUUGAAAUUAGUUUAAUGAUUAUCAAAAAUCAAGAUACAUUGAAACAAAUGUAUCCAUGAUCUUCAAGUCUCAUCAGUGAAAAUGACACCAUCUAACCAUUGAAUAAUUUCGAAUUUCGUCACCGAUUGAUGAUGAAUUGAAAUGACGAAAUCUUUAGGGAUAAUGAAUUAAACUUCUAUAUGUAGUGCUCGUUGAUUUACUGUUAGACAACAACAAGAAAAUAACCGUAAAUGUUGAAUGCAUUACAAUGACUGAAUAUUGAAACUAUUCUAGAUCAACUCAAGUAUAACACAGUCCUUUUAUGAAUAUGAAAUGAAAACCAACUUGAAGUUGUUUGAAGAAUAAAAACACAUCACAUUGAAACUUCAAAAAUACUCAACGAAAUCGUUGAUUUAUUGUUGAUUGGUUAAUUCACUGGUUUAUUUAUUUAUUUAUUUAUCCAGUUAGUUAUUUGUUACGACAGUGAUUAUUGCAUGCUACUUCACCUCGCUUCACUUCACUCACCUUAACUUACCUUUCUAACUGAAUACAUCAAUUGAGAGAAAUGAAAUUGAUUGUCUAUAGUCUCUUUCUAUUAUCAUAAAAUGAUGUAUGAAUGAAUCGAAAUUUCAAUAUAUUAUAGAAUUUAUUUGUAUUCUCAGAAUUAGUAGUAGUAUGUAUGUAAUGAAUCUUUAUCAACUAAGGUGAUUGGGAUGUUUGUUACAUAUACCCGAUCACCACCUAUCUUGACGGGGAAUAUUGUCUAGUUUAAGAGUUGAUUUCAGUAAGCUAAAAGUGGCUAAACCAAGAUGUGGCACUAGUCCAUUAAGUCAGUAACAAGUGGACUGAGUCAUUUAAGUAGAUUGAGUUUACCGCGUUGGAGUCGGCGUGAUUAUCCUAAACGAUGAUUCGCAACUUUUGAUGACAAAUCAGGACCACUCACAAUGGUCCAUAUACAUUCACUCCUUUCUUGCUUUUGGACCUAACCUGUGUCACAAAAUCUCUUUAUACCUUAUUUCUUUGCAUGUACCUAAUCUUUCCUACUACCACAAAUGUUAUUACUACUGUUAGUAAUCUGGAAUUUGCCUCGAUAAUUUUAUCUCUCCUUGCUAAUAAGACAUGACAACUUGAGCUGACAUACCUAUGUAUCAGAUUCUACGUUGCACAUGACUAGAACUAUGUAUGAGGAAGCCAUUAGGCAGAAUUUGAUAGUAGAGAUAGAGGAAAAAUAUUAAAAAGAGAUGAAGUUCUUUUAAUACAGACAAGGUUUUUUUGAAUGCUGCUAGAGUUAUGUGAACAGUUGAUAUUUCCCAGUUACCUACAUUGAGGAAAGAUAGUUUUUUUGAGGUAUCUGAAAAGAAUAUUGGAUAGGUAGUGAUUUUGCCGACCUGGAAGGGUGACCGCUGACCCCAAGAGACAAAUGUUUAAAGCCGAUCAAACUGCUAUUUUUCUGAGCGUUGUUAGUGUGUUAGCUCGGCACUUCAUAUUUUUAUUUACCCAUAAUUAUUUUCUUUGAGUUUGGUGGUAUUUAUAAGCGGAAUUCAGGAUACUCGUUUUAACAAUGGGAAGAUACAAACCCUUUUAAAUAAAAUUUUUAACCAUUGUACAUGUAAGCGGCUAUUUGACGUUUGUAGCUCAUCGGAGUUAAUGCGUUGGGCGUUUGAAGUGAACAGUGUGAACAUGAAUAUUAGAAGGUAUUGGGUAUACAUUCAACUGACGAGUCCCAAAUAAAGCGAAAUUCUCUUCUUGGAUUUCAUUGUUACACACUAUCCAUCUUUAUUAAAAUACUUUAGUGGAGAAAAUAGUUUUUAGCAUAGUUUAGAUAAGAUUUCUUCUAAAUCAUGGUCACGACCAAGGUAGAUAUUUGUUAGCGGGAUAUACAUUGGAUUAAAGCAUGUUGCGUGUAGGAUUGUGUUGAAGCACGCUGAAUGGCCGUUUCCUAGACAACCAACCUUUUCGGAGACUUGGAGAAGACAAGGAUCUUCUCAUAUAGAGAUUACAAAUAUACGAACGUGUUUUAUGUUAUGAUACCCUUCUUCUAUGCAACACUAUUUUUUGGAAUAUAAUUACGUUCUUAUUCAACCAUGUUCUAAUUUUGGGGCUUGGUGAGUGAAAUAGUGUUCAAGAAUACUAGGCAAUCGGAGUAGCUGGUUCGUCAAUAAAAGGAAUUAUAACAGUAUCUCACUUUGUCUAGAAACUAGUUAAGAAACAUUUUGAAAUUUGAAAUAUCACUUUAACAUGUAUAAUUAUUCCUUUUUUAUCAACUUCUUUUAUAGCUCUGUCAUGUGUUGCCAUCAAUCCACCAAGUGGUAAUGGAGUGGUUGACUAUCGGUUCCGUGUAAAUCAGCAAACCUCUCAUAUCUUCGCUUAUGCUGAAGUAUUCUGUCUAUCUGAUCGUUGAUUAGAACCAAUGGAUCUAGACCUAGAUGAAAUCAAUCCAUCACAAUCAUCCUCGUCGUUUUCGUCAACAGGUAAUAGAUCAUCACUUAAUAAUAACAAUAUUCCUAAUUCAUGGUGGUUACAACGUAGAAAGCUCAUAUAACACUGAUUUGUGAUAAUCACGAACGUAAAUGGAUACCGAAUGGGUUGCUAGAAGCUUGUUUCACGCGUAAGUCAAUAUCUUUAUCAUAGACAUAUAUUGAACUGAAUAGUAUUACAAUAUUGAUUUGUUAAAAUAUGAUUAGAAAUGACUGAAUUGAUCACAUUGUCAACUUGUUCAUUUGAUCCCUAAUAGAAAAUCAAAUACAGAAGGAUUGAAUCCCGAAUG